AAAAUGUGGCAGUCAUCCAAUGUUUGCAUUAGAAUUUAGCUAUAGAUAGAUAGCUGGCAUUCAUUUGUUCGGGCAAGUGGUCUUGUUAACGUAAGUGAACCUAGCUACUAGCUUAUUCUUAGAUGGAUUGUUUGUUUGUAGCCAUUAAUUGAGCAGAAACAUGGUUAUUGUAGCAUGCAGUACUAUAGCCUACUAGCUACAAUGUGUCCCACCAGGAAAUGCGAUAUAGCACAGGGAAAUGGAAUCCGGUAAAACAAGUCGCCAUAAUUGUCCAAUCAUUGCUUUGUAAAUAAUGGUUAUAUGUCCUUGAUGAAGGGUAAUUCCAUGUUAUCAGAGUGACUCUGAGACUCACUUUAAAAUGUGUGGCAAGAUGCAAAGAUGAUUGCAUUAAGAAUUAGGUUUCAGCUAUGAUAUGACACCUUGAGUAUGAACUAAUCUGUUUUGGUUAUUGAACUACACUAAGUGAAGUGGAUCAAUACCCGGUAACAGAAUGACUGUAACAGAUUGACAUCAUGGGUCUGUACUAGACAGAAAUGUAUAAUUAUGAAUAUCAUUCUCUUCUUGGUGAAGUGUCCUAUACAAAGGUAGACAAAUGUAAUAUCCUCCUUUGCAUGUUUAUUCUACACACCGGGCUAUUAUUCAAAAUGGUAAUCUUUUUAUUUAUUUAACCCCAAUGAGCUCCUUCCUCUAUACAUGACCAAAUGUGGUUGGUCCAGACUGGACCAAAUCUCUACCAAUCAUAGAUGUCUAUUUUUCACAAGUUUGGACAUUACAAUAAAUGAAAGGUUCAUGAACAGGCGGGCCUCUGCUAACUGCCGCUACCAGCCCACCUGCUAUGAGCAUGCUGCAAACUGCUAUACUCACGCGCUACUCAUCGUACCAGCCGUUGUGGGCAUGGCCCUGCUGCAGCGUCUCUCAGACGACCGCUGGGAGAAGAUCACAGCCUGGGUGUACGGCAUGGGCCUGUGUGCCCUCUUCCUGGUCUCCACUGUGUUCCACAUCAUCACCUGGAAGAAGAGCCACAUGAGGUCUGUGGAGCACUGCUUUCAUAUGUGUGAUAGAGUGGUCAUCUAUUUCUUCAUCGCUGCCUCCUACACACCAUGGUUGAAUCUUCGUGAGCUUGGCCCACUCGCAGUUCACAUGCGUUGGUUUGUAUGGCUAAUGGCUGCGGCAGGAACGAUAUACGUCUUCAACUACCACGAAAAGUAUAAAGUUGUUGAGCUCGCCUUCUAUUUGACUAUGGGUUUUUUCCCUGCGUUGGUUGUAACAUCAAUGAACAACACGGAUGGAUUGUACGAGUUGGCCUGUGGGGGACUCAUCUAUUGCCUGGGCGUGAUCUUCUUCAAGUCGGACGGGGUCAUCCCGUUUGCCCAUGCCAUCUGGCACGUGUUUGUGGCGCUGGCUGCAGCCGUGCACUACUACGCUAUCUGGAAGUACCUCUACAGGAGUCCCCCUGCUAAUACUAUUCGGGACGCCUGACCCCCACCGCAUCAAGUAGGCUAACUGAAAACACAUUGCCCUCCAGUGCCUCUUGACAUGGGCACCAGCAAAUAAAGACUCCCACAACUGCCCACCGAGGAUGCAACCACAGCCAGAAAGUUUACGAAAACGACCAUGCAUUGUUUACUGUUUUCAGGUAGGGAACAGUUUUUCUGUUUAUCUUUAACUGUACAAACUUUGAACAAAGGUUAUUUGUAAUUCUUUUUUUGUACGACUGUUAUUUAUUUGGAACCCCCAAACAAUUAAAAUGAUCAACUUUUGACUUCCAUUUGGGAAUUGUUCUCAUCUUCUACACAUAAUGAUACGUUGGGCUGAGUUGAUAUCAGUGCUUUGUAUCACUUCACAUUCCAUACUUAGUAUCUUCUGUCAUUUGUAGUGAUUUUGUCAGUCAUCUUAUUGAUUGGAAUGCAGUUGGGAAGAACAUUCAAUAGAGUUGGGCUUUUCACUCUGAGGUAAAUGUGCACGGUACACAUUGGACACACAAUGUCUGAAUCAGUAUUUAUCAGUAUCUAAGUGCAGUCUUAUUUUUCAGAAGCACUUUUGUAUGAUAAGAACCACAAAGAACCAUUGGAUAUGAUGUUUAAUAAGUACUCUGAUUUGUGUAAUUGUAUUCUUUCCCACAAAUAUGGAGCCUUCAGAAGGUGAGUAUUUGAGUUGGUUUAGCUUUUAAAAAGGGUCUCUGUGAUUGGACUGAACUUCCAGAAAGAUACAAUAUCUACAGUACAUCUGAGAUGUCCUGUAGUUCUGCACAUAUCACUGCUGCCACUUUAAUGGUAUAGUAGAUAGUUCCAUUAUAUCACACACUUCCUGAUUUAAAAACUCUCCUUACAUCCUAAAUUACCCUUCUGUUCUUUGUAUUAAUUUUAACCUGUUAUGUGUUUUUGGAUCUUCAAUGGUACUCCGUUCCCUACCUUUCUUUUGAGGAGUAUUUGCCAUUUCAGUUGAGAAACUAUGAAGACCAGUACCAUUAUACUAUGAAGUUGAAUUGAUUGAGAAAUGUGUCAUGUACAACCAACCCUAUAAUGAUUUUUAAGGGUUUGUAGAUCUAUCCAUUUAUAGCUUUCUCACUUGUUUCUCACAAAUGUUCCUUGUGUAAAACACUGUACAGCCCUUGGUGAGCAUGCCUUUUGUUUUCCCCUCCCUGACAUUUUGUGAGCUAUGCUAAGUGGAGAAAUCAGAUGAUUUUGUUAUGGAUUGUAGCCAUUCUGAAAUGUCUUGCUCCCUUUACCACAAUGUUUUGUAAUAUUUGUAUAUUCUGUUUUGGCACAUGAUCCUGUACUGGCCUUUUUAGGGAAAACAUCUGCUUCUUAUUAAACUCUCUACUUUAUCCAUUGGGUGUAUUGGUGCUGUACAUACAGAAAACAAUGUUCACUCUGUAAGAAAUAGGUUACUAAUGUGUUGAUGAAAAAUAAAUGCCCUCAACAUUG